ACUUACUUAGCUUCUUUUAAGAAAAAGAUGAAACGUUCAAGACAUACCAAAUACAAUGCAAAGAAACGAUUACAAAAGACAUCUAUGAAUUUUAUAAUUAAACAGCAAGUUCAAGAUACGAAUUCUUCUUCUCAAACAAUAGCUUUUGAUCUUAUAGAGCAACAAACUCAAGAUGAUGUUAGUUCCUCAUCUGUUAGUUCCUCCUCGCCUGUUGAAGUAAAAACAAACAUAUUAUUUAAUCCUUUUCAGCAUCGAACUCAAGGAGGUUCCAGAGAUUUAAGUACCUCAGAUAUAGUUCGAUAUAUGAAAAAUGAAUGGUCAAGUGUUCCGCUUUGCGCUUUUUGCCGAAUAUUUUCUAAUGUAACAACAAUUUCAAUUAUGAAAGAUAUUUCAGUAAUGGAUUUAUUAAUUGAAUGCUUAAUAAGGGAAUUAAGACAAUCUAAAAAUAAUAAUGAUAUUCCUUAA